GCCGUUUCAAUACCUCCACAACAUCCCUCCACCGCCUCAUUCCACCAGUGAGUAAAACCGAGGAAAGGUCACGCGCCGUCCUGAACGCAUUUUCACGUCCGCGCGCUCAUUCCUCACGGCACUGGCGAGGCUUCUCUGGGGGGAAACAAGUUUGGGAUAAACGACAGCAAACCGUGACCUGACCUCUCGUAACCCGGGACAUUGUGUGUGUGUGUAUGUGUGUGUGAGAGAGUGUUACGGGACUUUCUUGUUGCGGAGGUUGAGUGAGUACCCAGCCGGUCUUACCUGUCCCAUCCGCCGGUCCUCGGUGCGUCGUGUCCGGCCAGCAGCGUCCCCAGUUUGAUCCAGUUCCAGCUCCGGAGUCCAGCUGUUAGAUCGGUAUCAUCAGGAUGAAGAUGAGACAGCUCGGAGCGCUGUGUCUUCUGACCCUGGCCGCCCUCGCCUCCGCCAGGCCCAAAGCAGGUCCUGAGCAGAAAUGCAAGUCUGGUCCAGUGGAUCUGGUCUUCCUCAUUGACAGCUCCCGCAGCGUCAGACCACAUGAGUUUGAGACCAUGAGGAAGUUCAUGAUCGACAUCCUGAGCACCCUGGACAUCGGGCUCAACGCCACCAGAGUGGGCGUGGUUCAGUACUCCAGCCAGCUCCGCAAUGAGUUCUCUCUGAAGACGCACGCCAAGCUGGACGCCAUGGUGAAAGGCAUCAAUGAGAUCAUCCCCCUCGCUCAGGGCACCAUGACCGGACUCGCCAUUAAAUAUAUCAUGAAUUCAGCUUUCAUCGCCGAGGAGGGAGACAGGCCACAGGUCCCCAACGUGGCCGUGAUCGUGACAGACGGGCGUCCUCAGGAUCGCGUGGCGGAGGUGGCUGCUGAAGCCAGAGAGAAAGGCAUCGAGAUCUACGCUGUGGGGGUGGCCAGAGCCGACAUGGCAUCACUGAGGGCCAUGGCGUCCCCGCCCUUCGAAGACCACGUCUUCCUGGUGGAGUCCUUUGACCUCAUUCAUCAGUUUGGACUGCAGUUCCAGGACAAGCUUUGUGGCAUGGAUCUGUGUCUGGAGUCGGACCACGGCUGUGAGCACAUCUGUGAGAGCUCCCCGGGCUCCUUCCACUGCCUCUGUCUGCCUGGAUACACUCUGAAUGAAGAUGGCAAAACAUGUGCAGCCAUAGAUCUGUGUGCUCAGGGGAAACACGACUGUGAACAAAUCUGCGUCAGCUCACCUGGGUCUUUCACCUGCGACUGCAACAAAGGAUACAAACUGAAUGAUGACAAGAAGACCUGCUCAAUGAUCGACUACUGUUCGUUUGGGAACCACAGUUGUGAUCAUGAGUGUGUGAGUGUGCUCAAUGGCUAUCACUGCCGCUGUAACCAGGGACACAGGCUGCUGGACGACGGCAAGACCUGCCAGGCCAUUGACCUGUGCGCUGAAGGAAAACAUGACUGUGAACAAAUCUGCAUCAGCGCGCCAGGCGUCUUCACCUGCGACUGCAACGAAGGAUACACACUCAACAACGACAAGAAGACCUGCACACCCAUUGACCUGUGUGCCGAGGGGAAGCAUGACUGUGAACAGAUCUGUAUCAGUGCUCCUGGUGUCUUCACCUGCGACUGCAACAAAGGAUUCAAACUCAACAAAGACAAAAAGACCUGCACAAACAUGGACCUGUGUAACACAGUGGAGCACGGCUGUGAGCACCAGUGUGUGAGCACCUUAGGAUCGUACUACUGUAUCUGUCCGGAGGGACAGCUGCUGCAGGAGGACGGCAAGAGCUGCGGCACCUGCAAGUCGGCCAACAUCGACUUGGUGCUUCUGAUCGACGGCUCCAAGAGUGUCCGCCCCCAAAACUUUGAGCUGGUCAAAAAGUUUGUUAACCAGGUUGUGGACUCUCUGGACGUGUCUGCUCAUGGCACCAGGGUCGGUCUGGUUCAGUACUCCAGCCGGGUCCGGACAGAGUUCCCCCUCAACAUGUACCACACUGCUGAAGAGAUCAAAGCUGCAGUCAUGAAGGUUGACUACAUGGAGAAAGGCACUAUGACAGGUCUGGCCCUGAAACACAUGCUGGAGAACAGCUUCUUAGAGUCAGAGGGCGCUCGUCCUUCCAGCCGCAACAUCCCCCGAAUCGGACUGGUCUUCACAGACGGACGCUCGCAGGACGACAUCACAGAGUAUGCCAAGAAGGCCAAAGAAGCCGGUAUCACCAUGUACGCCGUGGGCGUGGGAAAAGCUGUGGAAGAUGAGCUUCGUGUGAUUGCAUCUGAGCCUCAGGAGAAACAUUUCUAUUACACCACCGACUUCACUGCCAUCAGCAACAUCGCUGAGAACCUCAAACUCAACGUCUGCCCAGAGGAGAGUCAGGGGGAGAUCGAGGUGAAGGACCCGUGUGCCUGCGAGAGUCUGGUGGAGUUCCAGCAGGCCACCAUGAGCAGCCUGGAGCAGCUCACACAGAAACUAUCUGGGAUGACUACUCGUCUGGAGCAGCUGGAGAACCAGCUUCUCUCCAGGAAGUGAGGAAGUGAUCUUCAUCACAGUGAGCAGACGGGACGCCACAGGGAAAAAGAAAGAAUAACAGAGUGAGGAAGAGGAGGGCACAUCAGAAACCUUCCCAAUCAAUGGACAAAACCAAAGUGUCUUUUCACAAAGCCUUUGUAGCCUUCAGUCGGCUCGUUGCUC